GCCAACACUACUUUGAAGUUAUCAAUUUAUCAGACAAAUAUCGAGUUAUUGUCAUCAAUUUUCUGCAACUAGUAUUGUUGUAAAAUAGUAGUAACAUUCGGUGUACUAGUGGUUUGCAUGUAACUGAUCAACUAAUAAAACAGAGACGAAUGGAAAAGUGUCUAUUCGUUUAAGCCAGACACCUUAAUGGAAGAUAGUCAAACUUUCUCCUUUUUAUCUUGUGGCCAGCUUUCAGCUAGGUUGUGAAAAAAAUCCCCACAAACUGCAAUGUGCUCUAUGGAAAACCGAAAAAGAGGAAAGAUGUAGAAGUUGGCAGAGACGAAAUAUGCCAUACCUCGAUAACAAUAUCAACAAAAGCAGUAUCGGCCAGCGUAAUACAUUCCGAAAUUACUGAAACAGCCACAAGGUGUCCACAUGUGGUGGGGAUCUAAGUAAAGAACAACGUUGAAUCCGUGCUCAAACAUAACGAUAUAUCCAGGGCUGUAAGCUUCCCCGAGGAGACGGUGUGCAUAACCACAUCCUUGAUAGAGUGUAAAAUGUCCGAUUCGAAACCCACAGCUGAUCAUCAUAGACAGCAGAUUGAUUCUCAGCAAGCGGGUUUAGCACGAACGGUUGAUCCCAACUCGCCACCUGCUGAAACUCCUCUUUCAGCUAAUUCAACGCCAAAAGUAGAAUCUGCAGCGGCCACAAUAGUUCCGACGGAUAUUUCGAUCACAGUCGUUGAAGACACAUCCGGAAACUCGUCGGGAAGUCAAUCCACUUAUACAGCAGCUGAUCAAUCCUUCUCGGCUGAAGUAGUCCCGCCAAUGCAUGCAAUUCCGACUUCUCAAGGAUCGUCAAUUGAGCGCCAGACAUCGGUUGGAUCAAUCGAUAGCACGACUAUGCCAUCAGGAGCGCACGGAGGAAACGGAACGGGUAGCAAUGGUUUCCGGAGUUCUUUCAGCAAUGGUCGUGUAUCGUUUAGUCGAUUCAUUUCCGUUGAUCGAACCAGGGCUGCAAACGAAGGAUCUGGUUCAUCCGGACGAGGAUCAAAUUUUAGCAAUGAUAUAUUCAACGAUUUCCUGUCCCUUAUGCAACAAGCGAGGCAUCCGAGCAGCUUAUUCUCGUCGGAGCGAAGAGGUCUCUUUCUUCAGUCGGGUCGAUCCCAUGGAACAGGCUCUAGCACACCACCACUAUCGGGUACCAAUGGUUCAGUCGGCAAUACCUCCUCCAGCGACGUUAUUAUUGAUGUAGACGGAAGUAACAUCAAUGCCGGUACCAGCGCAACAAAUGGUGUGGCUUCCCUACGAUCGUCCCAUAAUGAACUUUAUCCGAUUUCGACCUCUUCAUCUUCGGCAAGCACUGGAAUUCGUCCUUUCUUGUGGAUGCAGGGCGAUGAUAAUGCCGCAUCUUCGAGCAAUUCUAUUGGCGGACGGUCGCCAAUAGCUCCAAAUUUCAACUACAACCAUCAUCACCAUCAUCAUCACUUCCAUAACCACCAACCGUUGCACCAGCACCUUCACACGGCUGCAGUGGCAGCAGGAGGAUCAUCGGCGGGGCUAUCUACAGCUGCUGUACAGCAAUCUACUAUGGCAUCCGGUAGUGGCAUCGGGGAUAGUGGUGUUCCAACCGGUAACGGAGAAGCAACAGCAAAUGGUGGCGCUUCUACACCAACAGGAAGUGUUCCGCCGAUGGCAGGCGCCACCCGAAGUAACAGCGUAACCUCGAACCACCCAAAUGACGAGGCCACGGUACACGAAGCAUUAAAUCAAAUUCCCGAGGCGCGUGCCAUGAUGGACACAUUUGCACGUUAUACGCCGCUGCUAUUGAUCUUGGUGGCCAAACUUUGUUACGAUCAUCUGGACGGCAUCAUGCACUUUCUGCUGCUACUCAUGACGUUCUACCACGCGAACUGGGUCGUACGGCAAGAAAUAUCCAAGCAGAAACAACGGCGCAUUAUUGUUCUGAUGCGUGAGCUAAUAAUCAUUAGUGUGGCUCUGUUGAUUUUUGGGCUGGUGAUCGAGUGGAAGAGCAUCUGUUUGGUGAUACUGUUUAUGCCCGACCAUCUGCAGCCACAAUCGUUGAAAUCGUUGCUCUUCUCCGUCUGUAUAACUGAUUUAAUAUUGAAGUUGAUAACUAUUAUUAUCAAGAUUGUCGUUACUCUCAUGCCUCCGAGAGUAGUGGACUACAAAAGUCGAGGAAAAGUUUAUCUUAUGAUUGAAUCGUUAUCCCAGCUAUACCGAGCCGCAGCGCCAAUUCAACCAUGGCUCAUAUUUCUAUUCGAAUCAUACUCUGGGUCUGAAAAAAUGGUCGGAGUAAUAUUAUCCGCAGUUUACAUCGUAGCCAAAUCCACCGAUUUGCUCGACAGGAUCAAAUUUGUGCGUCGAUCAUUUAUUAAACUUCUGCAGAAAACGAGUUAUGGAACAGUACCGACCAAGGAGCAGUUACAAGCUUGCGGAGGACAGUGCUCGAUUUGCCAUGAUAAUUUUAACUCGCCUGUGUUGCUUGAAUGCAACCACAUUUUUUGUGAACUGUGCGUCGGUACGUGGUUCGAUCGAGAGCAAACGUGUCCUCUUUGUAGGGCGAAAAUCGUUGACGAUCCAUCGUAUCGCGAUGGUGCCACAACAUUCUUUUUACAGCUUUACUGAAUAUUGAAAUCAGAUGUUUCCGUUUUUUUUUUGUACAUUAAGAGACGUGUUUGAUUUUUUUUUUUCUAGUUUUGUUACUUAUUAUAGAUUAAUAUGUUUUUUUUUAAAUUCAUUUUACAACAAACAGUCAACAGAAAACAGUUGGCUUGCAUGUGCUUGGAAGCAAAAAAUUAUCGAAAUGUUUGUUUGAAUAAUUCGAAAACUUUUGUUAGGCGAUCUAAAAUUAAAGCAAUCGUGAAGGAAAAUUGAAUUCGCCCUAUCCUAAGUCAAAAAUUAGAUGGAGGCAUAAUCAUGAAAAACGUAUCCAAACGUGCAUUUUACAGUUGGCUGUUGAUUUAAUUCGAGUAAUAUUCAACGUCGAGUCCACAGUGAAAGAAGACAGUAGAAAGUGUAGUGCAAGGAAACGCAAAAUUCUUUCUGUUUACUAGAACAAAUGCGAAAACAAAAAUUUUCUCGCCGAAAAGAAAUAGCUAGCUAUUAGAAAUGUCGUCUGGAGAGAGAAAGAAGUCAGGUCUGGAUGUAAAGAUAUGGCAGUGCAUGUAGAAGUAAUGCAUCAUUAGUGCAAAUCGUUAAAAUAUAUUGCAAGCACUGUCAACAUGAAAACAAUGUACAAUAGAAGUAUGUAUUCGCAUUCAAUAAUAAAGGUGUCCAUUAUCUGUUUCAGUACUUUA